CCAUGCGGUUCCCUGACCUGAGACCCUGCGCCUUCCUGCUGCUGGCCGACUUGGCUCUACUCUGGCUGCUUCAGGGGACUCUGGGGGCUCUCCUUCCCCCGGGGCUUCCAGGCCUGUGGCUGGAGGGGACCCUGCGACUUGGAGGGCUCUGGUGGCUGCUAAAGGUGGGAGGACUGCUGGGAUUGGUGGGAACACUGCUGCCCCCGCUCUGCCUGGGGACUCCGCUGUUUCUCUCCCUGAGGGCCCUGGUCCCAAGGGCCUUGGGUGCUCCCCCAGUCAGGGUGGCUUCAGCCCCCUGGAGCUGGCUGCUGGUGGGGUAUGCGGCUGCGUGGCUAAGCUGGGCCAUGUGGGCUCUGCUGAGCUCCCCAGACGCCCAGGAGAGGAAGCAGGGCCAGGAGAACAACACAGACUUGAUGUGGAGGCUGCUGAAGCUCUCCUGGCCGGACUUGCCUUAUCUUGUUGCAGCCUUCUGCUUCCUCAUUGCUGCCGUGCUGGGUGAGACAGUCAUCCCUUACUAUUCGGGUCAUGUCAUUGACAUCCUGAGAGGUGAUUUUGACCCUGAUGCCUUUGCCACCACCAUCUUUUUCAUGUGUCUCUUCUCCAUUGGGAGCUCCCUGUGUGCCGGCUGCCGGGGAAGCUGCUUCACCUUCACCAUGUCCAGAAUCAAUGUGCGGGUCCGGCAGCUGCUUUUCUCCUCCCUUCUGCGCCAGGACCUCAGUUUCUUCCAGGAUACUAAGACAGGGGAGCUGAAUUCGAGGCUGAACUCCGAUACCAAAUUGAUGAGCAACUGGCUUGCUCUUAAUGCCAACGUGUUCUUGCGAAGCCUGGUCAAAGUGGUGGGGCUGUAUAGCUUCAUGCUCAGCCUGUCCCCGCGACUCGCCCUCCUCUCUCUGCUCAAGGUGCCUCUGGCAGUAACGGCUCAAAAAGUGUAUGAUGUCCGCCAUCAGGUUGUGCUUCGUGAGAUCCAGAAUGCUGUGGCGAAAGCAGGACAGGUGGUGCAGGGGGCAGUUGGAGGGCUGCAGACGGUGCGCAGUUUUGGGGCUGAGGAGCAUGAGUGCUGUCUCUAUGAGGAGGCCCUGGAGCGGUGCCGGCAGCUGUGGUGGCAACGAGACCUGGAAUGUGCCCUCUACUUACUCUUUCAGAGGAUGCUGCACUUGGGGAUGCAGGUGCUGAUGCUGAACUGUGGACUGCAGCAGAUCCUGGCUGGGGACCUCACCCAAGGUGGGCUACUCUCCUUCCUGCUCUACCAGGAGGACAUGGGCCAUUAUGUGCAGGCCCUGGUUUACAUGUGUGGCGAUAUGCUCAGCAACGUCGGGGCUGCCGAGAAGGUGUUUCAGUACCUGGACCGAAAGCCAAAGCUGCCCCCGCCCGGGACGCUGGCCCCUCCUACUCUGCGGGGGCUGGUGGAAUUCCAAGACGUCUCCUUCGCGUAUCCCAACCGCCCCGACCAGCCUGUGCUCAAGGGGCUGACGUUCACCCUACGCCCUGGCCAGGUGACGGCUCUGGUGGGGCCCAAUGGGUCCGGGAAGAGCACAGUGGCCGCCUUGCUGCAGAAUCUGUACCAGCCCACGGGGGGCAGGCUGCUGCUGGAUGGGAAGCCCAUCUCCCAGUAUGAGCACGGCUACCUGCACCGACAGGUGAGUUCGGUGGGGCAGGAGCCUGUGCUCUUCUCUGGUUCUGUGAGGGACAACAUUGCGUAUGGGCUGAAGAGCUGCAGUGAUGAGAAGGUGAUGGCAGCUGCCCAGGUCGCCAGCGCGGCUGGCUUCAUACAGGAGAUGGAGCGGGGGCUGUAUACAGAUGUAGGGGAAAAAGGGAACCAGUUGGCUGCGGGACAGAAACAGUGUCUGGCCAUUGCCCGGGCCCUAGUGCGGGACCCACGAGUCCUCAUCCUGGAUGAAGCCACCAGUGCCCUGGACGUCCAGUAUGAGCAGGCCCUGCAGGACUGGAAAUCCCAUGGAGACCGAACGGUGCUGGUGAUCGCUCACAGGCUGCAGACAGUGCAGAGUGCUGACCAGAUCCUGGUGCUCAGGCAGGGAGAGCUGCUGGAGCAUGCACAGCUCAUGGAGGGCCAGGACCUCUACUCCCGCCUGGUGCAGCAGCUACUGGAGGACUGAGGCCCCGUCCCCGGGCCCUUCUCAUGGCCAUCUCUGUGACCCAGAGUAGCUCGUGCUCGGAGUUUCCCUGGGCUUGUGCCCCUGGGUAGUUGUUCAUGAAGCUGGAGGCAGGGUGGAAGUUUGGACCGUGUGUGCUCCUACUGGGGCUGGGAGUGAGGGGGAGGGGGGUGCUGUCUGUUUCCAAGAUCAUUUCCCUGGUGCUGAGUAGUAUAUUGUGGCAUAAUACAUCUAUUUAAAAAUAUUUUCCUUAUUAUGUAAAUAGCACAUAUGCAUCGAGAAAAGUAAAAUUAACCCUUGUUUCACUUCCCAGAGGUCACCAUAGCUACUAUUUUGCCAGCUACCUAUCUGUGUCUUGUCUGUUCUUUGAGAUAAAUAUUAGCCCAUAUGACAUAAAUAUUCAUAAGGUUGCCUUUCUGUGUCUUUCUCCAUUUGCACUGAUGUCUGAUGUUUUGGGGGAAGUUAGGUUAUGGAGGGGUAGAGCACAGUUUCCUAAUUAACAGUGUUAGUAAAACAUUGGUAAUACCU